GCUGUCUCGUUUGCUUUGUUUCGCUGUCCGUCGUCUGUCCGUCGCCUCCAACGCUGUCAUAAGUAACAACUGCACUAUGCAUUCCCCAUAACAACUACAGUACUCGUACCGUGUGGAUUCAUGAUUUUGGGAAUGAAGCAAUACAAGGAAAAGCACAAAGAGGGAGCGCCCGACCGUUUCUACAGCGUCCACGCAAUCACAUGCACCCAAUGACUAUGAGCGAAUCAUCCCCAGCAGUACUAGGAGACGCACCCAUCGACGAAUCACGGGAGCAACCCUCUGGAGUUCCGACAGAGGCGGUGCCACGGGAAGGAGAAGAGAACACCGCAGCCUUUUCCGAAGGCGCGAACUCUGCUUCCCUGGCGCCCGACGACGACGGGUCCGGUGGGCAGGAACACGAUGUCGUAGACGACGUCGAUGGCGAGGGCGAGGACGAGGACGCUAAGUCGAUGGCCUCGGCAUCCCACGCAAUGGACGACGAGGAAAUAGAAGACGAGGAAAUGGAAGAAGACAGCGAGGAAACCGGGUCGGUCGCCGACAGCGGCGCCGCGGAGCCCGAGGCAGAAAACGCGAACGCCGGCGUCAACGCGAAAGCCCCAAACGAGGCACCGGCGGUUGACGCGCCGAUCAAAAAGAAACGCGGGAAACCACAAAUCCCGGCCUCGGCGCGGAAGGGGAGGGCCCCGGCCGUCAAGGGCCUGAACAUUCCGUUUCGGACCGUCAAAAAGGCAAGAACAACAAUGCACGCGCACGGAGUUUGGAAUGCGGCAGUCUUCGCCGGAUCUCGUCGGAUCCUUUCCCGGCGUGGUUCCCGUGAAACUAGUUUCUGUUCUCUCACACGUGCACACGUCUUUUCUUGAUUCGUUGGAACGAACCUCCGCGACUCAUUCUACCGGUGGUCUUGUGAACACCGUGCUCGGAAUUGCAUCUUAUUUCGUUUCAUAAUUUACUCCCUGGGCACGCCACUUUGCAUUACUGUAUGCCCUGCCACUACCAAAAUAACACCAUGCACCACGCCAUCUAUCUCCACACACGUUGUUUGUGCUGCAAUGCCUUUCAUACCGUGUGUACAAUAGGCAAUGAAGCUGGACCCCGACAUCCCGAUCGUACAGAACGAGGCCGCCAUUAUGACGACACUAGCUGCUGAGCUCUUCCUGAAACGCCUGGCCAACCAAAGCCAAAAGAUAUGUAAAAGCCGGGGAAAGAAUACCAUUCGGUAAGUUCUGCGUGGUAGCACACCACGGCGGUGCGUUUUGAAUUGGCAUGGCGCUUUGCCGUGAUUGCGGCUUUGUGUUGUGCCUCGGGCGAUCGCCAAGGCAACCAGCGCCUAUUGCCAAGUUUCGUUGCGCUGGGGGUCCGGCUUUCUCCUAAAGGAAGAGACGAUUGCACGGGCGAAUGGAUUGAUUGACCGAUCGCUAACAUACCAACCAGCCCACAAACGAACUAACAAACCAACGUCGCCUUU